AUGUCGUCCGCCAACAACAAUCCACCCUGGCAGCCCCCGGCGCACCUACGGCACCUAGAUGAUGGUUUCAAUUUCUUCUCUCAGAGUACGUCUGGCGCGCCCAGUUCGCGGGCCCGGACGCCAAAUACAUUACCGGAGAUUACCAUCGGAGGUGCCGAAUCUGGCAAUAUAAUUUUGGACGGGGAACCUGCUGUCGAAGAGGACCCCAGGGCAGCGGAAUUUGAUGAGCUAUUUAGAAAAAGUGAAGCAAAGAUUGCUUCUCUCUUCAGUCGCCAUGAUGACGCGCCCAUGGUUGAGGAAGGCGAAGCUUCGAAUGAAGCUGAUAUUGGCCUAGAACAUGGUAGAGCCGCGGAAGGAUCUACUCGGGAUGCGGCUCCACCUCCCAAGAAAGCUGCACGAGCUAUCAAUGAGGAUGAUUAUGAUGAUUACGACGAAGAUGAGGAAGAAGAGGCUCCGGCUCCGCUCAGCCGCGUUUCGACUGCGAAAGAUAGCAGCACCGUUACGACAACCGCGACUGCCAGCCCCACGAAGCCCGGGCUUCCCGCGACAGGAACAACUUCCCCCGCCAUCAAACUCCCCUCUUCGCGCGAGCAGGAGAAGUCGUCCGACGAAGUCCGCAAGAAGCUCGAGGAAGAUAAAAAGGCGGCAGAGGCAGCAGCUAAAGCAAGCUUCAAUACCCUCAUCUAUACAUUGGAAAAUGACCGGGAUGCAAUGUUGGACCAGCAGAAGCUGGAUGAGUCCGAACGUCAAGUUGAUGCUGAAAUGUCUGGUCCCGGCGGAAGCGCGAACAAUGCCAAUAACACGUCUGCUGGUGGAUCUCAACCAGGCAGUUUAAGUAGCGCAAACCUCGGUGCUUCCAGUCUGACUCUCAAGCACCUUAUCGCGCGGAUCGACGCAAAGCGUGAUCAGGUCCGCGCAUCCGAUGCUGAGCUUCGGAGUCUUAUGAGCGAAGUUCGAAAAAAUCGGAGCAAAUGGGCUAGUGAAGACAAGGUUGGCCAGGAAGAGCUGUACGAGGCGGCGGAAAAGGUUCUCAGCGAGCUGAAAGCUAUGACGGAGCAUUCGACGGCAUUCUUGAGCCGUGUUAAUAAGCGCGAAGCUCCUGAUUACUACAAUGUGAUCAAACAUCCUAUGGAUCUCGGAACAAUGACGAAAAAGCUAAAGGGUCUUCAAUACAAAUCAAAAAAGGAAUUCGUUGACGACUUGAAUCUCAUAUGGUCCAAUUGUCUAAAGUAUAAUGCGAAUCCUGAACAUUUUCUGCGAAAGCAUGCACUUUAUAUGCGGAAAGAGACGGAGAAGCUCGUCCCGCUAAUUCCGGACAUUGUUAUUCGAGAUCGCGCAGAAGUGGAGGCAGAAGAACGAAGACUGCAAAAUGCGGAGGCUGAUCUUGAAGGGGGCGAGGAGAGUGAUGACGAACCUAUCAUGUCCUCGCGGGGCCGAAAAGCUCCAGGCAUGAAGUCAAAGAAAGGCACCACGGUUUCUCGCACAGCGCCGACUUCUGUGCCGGAGGGUACUCCUGGUGCCGAAGCGAAACCGCCUCCUGGACUGCCUCAUAGCAAUUCCGGAACUAAUCUCAAGAAUGAAUUUCUUCGAGCAGAUUCUGAUGCGCCAAUGGAAGGAAGCCAGACCGAGUUCUCUACCCCGCCGCCCGGCAGCAUUACUCCCGCUGGGGCAAACGGCGCAUCGAAUAGCGGCGCACAGAGCGACGCCAUGGAUAUCGAUGGGAUAGGGCCGCUUAAUGGGUUGGAGAGUGGCUUAGGUGGGGCUAGAGAUGACACAGAGUACGACAGUCUUGAAUUCAAGACCUGGAAACAAGUCACAAAAAAGGACCGUGCUCGCGUUGCCGCUGAGCGUCACCGACUUUUCCAAGGCGACCAUCUAAAUCCCGACGAACCGGCGCUCCUCCGCACAAAGGCCGGAAUGCGGCGGUGGUUACGGAAGCGUCGCGAGGCAGUCAACUUGGGAGCGGCUGGUGACGUCAAAGUUGGCAUCGAAGAUAAGGAGGUAGAGCCCGAACCUCAGGGCUCAGCUACGCUGGCCGAGGGUAUGGAGGGCGAGGAGGAGCCAGCUCUGCCAGACUAUUACGAUGUAUUAGCUGGGAUACCAGAACUGCCAGAACGAUUACGAUGGUUGGAAGACUCCGAAGGCCAGAUCAUCGACCCAUCGGAAGAGUAUAUGAGGGUUGUUCCAAAGGGGCAAUUUACGUCUCCUCACAGUACCUUCGCUGAGAAGAUGGAGGCAAACAUGAGACAAAUGCAGGAAACGAGGAAAGUUUGCGCAAAGAUUGGGAUUGUCAAGCAAAUGCAGCUGCAGUCGCAGAUGUAUCAGAAUCAAUUCCAAAAGUACGAUCCUGAUCCGUUUGUGGAACAAGACAUUCCCCCACAUGUAGUCUCAGAUGAUGGACCCGUUAUGGCUCCCUGGGUGUGUCGAGCGGCUCUGCAGCGAUCGGUGGGCAAGUUAUUCUAUCACGCGGGCUUUGAAGAGUUUCAACCUUCGGCGUUAGAUGCCGUUACGGAUAUUGCCGGCGAUUUCUUCGCUCGCCUUGUGCAUACCCUGGGGGUAUAUAGAGAGGUGCCCAAAGUACCGGAAAAGGCUACCGUUGGUCCAGCGGAACAAUCCAGGCCUGGCUGGAAGAACAGAUUUAGCACAGAAGAGAUUAUCCUCCAUGCGAUGCACGAGCAUGGCAUCAAUAUUGAGGCUCUCGAAAGCUACGUCAAGGAUGAUGUUGACCGACUGUCCUCGAAGCUCGCCAAUAUGCACGAGCGGAUGAAGGCGCAUCUCGCUGAGUUAUUGCGCCCCGCUCUUGGCGAUGCCGGACCAGACGGUUCAAGCGCCUUUAAUGACGGCAGCGAACAAUUUGUUGGCGGAGAUUUCGCCGAAGAAAUCGACGAAGACUUUUUCGGAUUCAGAGAACUUGGUCUCGACAGGGAAUUUGGUCUUGCAUCGCUCAGCGUUCCAUUACAUUUGCUGCAGAACCGGAUGCACAACGCUUAUACCGCACAAAAUACAAGCGUCACGUCUACUGCUGCAUCCGCCUUCCCACCGCCUGCGCCGUUUGAUCACGUUACUGUUGAAAACAUCAAGGAAGAAAUCGGACUCGUGCAAGAAUUCUUCCUGUCUAAACUGCGCGCCAACGAUGACCAGCCUCUGGUCGAAGACGAAGAUCUCCCGCAAAAGCAACGCUUCCCCAAGCCUCGCCUUCCACCAACGGGCAAGAUUUCCAGCCCCCGCAAACGGCCACUCCAGCAAACUGGCGCAGGCAAUCUCAAAAAGAAGAAGAAGCUGGAAAUCAACAACGUCUCGUUUUCCAAGGACGACGACUCGGCUUCUGGAGUCAACGGCACAUCCAAGACCGGAUCGACUACAACUCCUACAAAAUCCGGCGGAGCCGGUGCCAGUGCUGGCAGUACCUCAAAACCUAAACUCAAUCUUCCUGGUCCUCCGCUUCUCGAGCGCAUGGACAGUAGUAAAGGCAGUGACGCAGACAAAGACGACGCGACUACAGGCUCGGGUGUAGGGAUGAUGAGUCCAGAAAGUAUUACUGCUUAA